AUGGCUCCUUCACCAAGCGCAGAUGUUCUCGGCUACGAAAAGUCUAUCUUUGACGCUGGUCUCCAUUUCGCACGACCAGCCUUCACAUUCCAGCCUUCAAAAUGGGAGUCACUAGCUAAAGAAACACUUUCAGCAACAUCUUGGGGCUAUAUCCACGGGAACUGCGGUAAUGGUACGACAUACCAGAACAACCUCAACUCUUUCUCUCGAUGGUCCAUCGUCCCAAAUCGUUUGGUACCCAGUCGCAAGGAUGAGAAUGGAAACGAGCAAUUCUCUGAUACCACGACAAAAGUGCUGGGGCAGACUCUUCCGUUCCCACUGGCUAUUGCACCGAUUGGCGUUCAGAAGAUUUUCAACCCUGAGGGUGAAGCUGCUGCUGCUAGAGCUGCUGCGUCGCUGGGCAUUCCUUAUACGUUGAGUACAGCUUCGAGUACUAGCAUCGAAGAUGUAGCAGCAGAAAACGGAGAGAAUGCACCACGGUGGUUCCAACUUUACUGGCCGAGCAGAGAGCACGAUGAUAUCACCGUCUCCAUGCUCAAGAGGGCCAAAGAAUCCGGCUACACAGCACUCUUCGUCACUCUCGACACUUACGUCCUCGGAUGGCGUCCAAGCGAUUUGGACAACGGUUACAACCCUUUUAUUCAUCCUGAUCACAUCGGCGUCGAAAUCGGUCUCACAGAUCCUGUUUUCAAGAAAAAGUUCAAAGAGGAGCAUGGAUAUGAUAUCACCGAUGCACCCAGUGGAGUAUACCAGGCUGCGCAGGGUGGGUCGGCGGGAGCUGGUCUAGGCGCUGCAGCUCGUGAAUGGGCUAAAAUCGUCUUCCCUGGGCACUCACAUUCUUGGGAAGAUAUCGAGUUUUUGAAGAAGCACUGGGAUGGACCUAUUGUGCUAAAGGGUAUCCAGAGUGUUCAAGAUGCUAAGAAGUGCGUCGAAGUCGGUGUACAGGGAAUCGUCGUGAGCAACCACGGUGGUAGACAGCAAGACGGCGGAGUAAGCAGUUUGGGUAUGCUUCCCAGAAUUGCUGAUGCUGUUGGUGAUAAGAUUGAUAUCUUGUUUGACAGUGGUAUUCGAUGUGGCGCGGAUAUCAUGAAAGCUAUAGCGCUGGGGGCAAAGUGUGUUCUUGUUGGAAGACCUUAUGCUUAUGGUUUGGCGUUGGGUGGUGAGGAUGGUGUGAGACAUGUUUUGAGAGCCCUUUGUGGUGAUCUGACGAUGAACAUGCAUUUGGCGGGGUUGAGGGAUGUCAGUGAGGUUACGAGGGAUAUCCUGGUGAGAGAGAGCGAUCUAUUCUAG